AAAAAAAAAAUCUCUUACUUUAACAGUUCACUUGGCAGUUAUAUGUGUUUUUUUGCUAAUUUUAUUUGUGUAUCUGAGGGACGGGCAUACAUACACCUACGGUUAAUGGACUUUUUAAAUCCUUUUUCAUUUAUUAAAUGCUAUUAUUAUUAUAGGAUCCCUUUUUUCAACCAAAAAGAAGAAAGAAAAACACUUUUUAACAUCGAAUUCCACGUUGAUACUUACACGGCCACCCGUUUUUACUUUUAUUGCAUUUGGAUGAUGUGUCUUUGCCCAGAGCUUUAUUUUGUAUCCAUAUCUGUUUCUAUGUUAGAUUACCUAUUUGUUUACAAUAAGAUACCUUUGUUGUUUUCAAAUCCAACUUAUCGUCUCUGUUGAUAGAAUUUUACCUCUAUUUAUUGUAAUAAUGAUUUAUCUGAUUGUAUGCCUUCCAUUUGAUGUUCACUAUUUAGCUCUUUUUAUUUUCUGCCUUUUCUUUAUAUAUUUUGAUUGGAUGGAUGAAAUUUCUGCUCAGUGUUUCAAUUCUGCACCCCAUUUUUUUCUGUUUUUUCCUGAGAUUAUUAGGAAUGUUUUAUCGUAGGGUAUUAUUUUCUCUUUAGUGGCCUCUUUAUCACAUUGUCACAUUGUCCUUUUUUGUAUUUAUAUAUAUUUUGCAAGAAUUAUUACUGAACAGUGUUUUCCUAUUGAAGAUUUCUCAUGAGAUUCAUUUCACAUUUAUUUGGACUACUUCUUUCGGUAUUUCUCUCAAAGAUAUAGAUACUCUGCAAGUGCUUUUAUUUCUGAAAAUGUCUCUCUCGCCCUGGCAGAAGAGUGGUCUUUCAGUUGCUAUUUCUGACAACAUUUCAUUUUCAGUACUGCAAAUGAAGAGUUUUCUUAUUUCCUUCAUUCUUUCUCUGUGAAUAGUCUGGUUUUCCACACUUAGAUUAGAAGUGUUUUCUAUUUAUAAAUUUAUCCUAUGUAUUCAAUAAUUUCCCCAGAUUUGUUUGUUGAUUGAGUUCCUGUUUGCGUGUGUGGAGGAGUUUAUGGCCUAGUUUUGUCAGCGAUGGGAGAUGUGUUUGUGUGCUAAGGCCCCAGUGCAGGUACAGGUGUGCCUAGGACUGGGACUCUUAGGAUGUCUGACGGAGAUACAGGCAUGGAGGCCAGUCAUGGGGACAUGGGAUUGAUUGGUAGGGAGCCAGGACCAUUAGAGUAGAGGAAUUGAAGGCUCUCUGAUCAGGAAUUGAAGGAUGAAUGAUUCAGGGCUCAUGGGCAGCAAGGCAUGGGAAUCAGUGAAUCUGAGAUUUCAUUAAUGGCUUUGGGAGUAGAAUCACUGGGUAGGAAUUGACACUUAGAGCAGAUUAAAGAGUGAGAAUGAGGAGUUGUGUACCCGGGUUGGUGAUAACUUAAAGGGCCUGUGAAAUCAGAUAGUAUGGUAAUGUAAUAGAACAGUAUGUCCUUUGGAUAUUUUAUAAAGUAGUUAAGCAGUCCACAAUUAUUGAAUAUUUAAAUGUUUCUAAUCUUUUUUUUUUUUUUUUUUUCUUCAAGAAAUUGAGAAAGCUAUAAAAUUUCUUUUUUAUAAACCAUGUUAUGGUAAAACUUUUGCACUUAAAUCUUUGUACAGUAUGCAAUGGGAUGAUAUUUUAAUGUUGUAGCUCUAGAAAUAAAUUUUUAAGUAAGGUGCAUGGGCACUAACUGAUGUAUGUGUCCAUGUGUGACACUGGUACACUUCCACCUCUCAUCUGUACCUCUGCCCAUCUGUUUUCUCAGAUCUCUGCCCCUUUGUCCGAAGAGCCAAAAAUGACCAAGUCCUUGCAGGCGUCCUCUGGGCCAGUGGGGAAUUGGGGAGCCUUGCUGUAUUACUGCCAGGAAUCAGUUUCAUUCAAGGAUGUAACUGUAGACUUCAGCAGGGAUGAGUGGCAACAAUUAAACAUUGCUCAGAAAAGUCUGUACAGAGAUGUGAUGCUGGAAAACUAUUUCAACUUGAUCUCAGUGGGGUGUCAAGUUCCCAAACCAGAAGUCAUCUUCAACUUGGAACAAGAAGAGCCAUGUAUGUUGAAUGGUGGGAUCUCCAGUCAGAGCUGUCCAGAUGGGAAAAUUGGUUUUGAACCUUUACAACAGAGAAUGUCUGAAGAAGUUUCUUUCCAGUCUGAGAGAAUUAAUCUCUUCACAAGAGAUGACCCAUAUUCCAUUUUAGAAAAGUUGUGGAAAGAUGAUGAACACACAAGAAGAUAUGGAGAAAACCAGAACAAACCUUUAAGUCGUGUUGCCUUCAUUCACAAGAAAACACUAGCUAAUGACAGGGUCUGUGACUAUAAGAAUAUUGGGGAAAUAGUUCAUGUAAACACACACUUGGUUUCCUCAAGAAAAAGACUCCAUAACUGUAACUCAUUUGGAAAGAAUUUGGAGCCUAUUACAACCUUAUAUAAUGGAAAUGCAACAGAAAAUUCUGAUGAGAUUAUUGGAGAUGGUGAUAUUUUUACUCAUAUGAAUUCUCAUACAGUAGUGACUGCUUGUGAAUGUAAUCAAUGUAGGAAACCUCUCCAUCAUAAGCAAGCUCUCAUUCAACAUCAAAAAAUUCAUACCAGAGACAGCCUUUAUUUGUUUUCUGACUGUGUAAAUGUUUUCUCCCAGAAUUCACAUGCCUUUGCACAUGAGAGUGUUUGUUCUGAAGAAAAGCAGCAUAAAUGCCAUGAAUGUGAGGCAGUCUUCACUGAGAAGUCUCAACUUGAUGGCCAUCAGAGGGUUUAUGGAGGAGAGAAACCUUGUGUAUGCAGUGAAUAUGAGAAGGAUUUUUUCCUCAAGUCAAACCAUCAGAAAACUCCUAAUGAGGGGAAUUACUAUAAAUGCAGUGACUACUGGAGAGCCUUUAUCCAGAAGUCAGAUCUGUUCAGAUGCCAGAGAAUUCAUUCUGGAGAAAAACCCUAUGUGUACAGCAAAUCUGAGAAAAACUUCUGUCAGAAUUCAAACCUUAAUAUACAUAAAAAAAUUCAUACUGGAGGGAAACACUUUGAAUGUACUGAAUGUGGAAAAGCCUUCACAAGGAAAUCAACACUAAGUAUGCAUCAGAAAAUCCAUACAGGAGAAAAACCCUAUGUAUGUACUGAAUGUGGGAAGGCCUUUAUCCGGAAAUCACAUUUUAUCACACAUGAAAGAAUUCAUACUGGAGAAAAACCCUAUGAAUGCAGUGACUGUGGGAAAUCCUUUAUUAAGAAAUCACAACUCCAUGUGCAUCAGCGAAUUCACACAGGAGAGAAUCCUUUUAUAUGUUCAGAAUGUGGGAAGGUUUUCACUCACAAGACAAAUCUCAUUAUACACCAGAAAAUUCAUACGGGAGAAAGACCCUAUAUGUGUACUGAAUGUGGUAAGGCCUUUACGGACAGGUCAAAUCUCAUUAAGCACCAAAAAAUUCAUACUGGAGAGAAACCUUAUAAAUGCAGUGACUGUGGAAAAUCAUUCACCUGGAAGUCACGGCUCAGGAUACAUCAGAAGUGUCAUACUGGAGAGAGACAUUAUGAAUGCAGUGAAUGUGGGAAAGCAUUCAUUCAGAAGUCAACACUAAGUAUGCACCAGAGAAUUCAUAGAGGAGAAAAACCAUAUGCUUGCACUGAAUGUGGUAAGGCCUUCUUCCACAAAUCACAUUUUAUUACACAUGAAAGAAUUCAUACUGGAGAGAAACCCUAUGAAUGCAGUAUUUGUGGGAAAUCCUUCACUAAGAAAUCACAACUCCAUGUACAUCAGCAAAUUCACACAGGAGAGAAACGCUAUAGAUGUGCUGAAUGUGGAAAGGCUUUUACUGACAGAUCAAAUCUUUUUACACACCAGAAAAUUCACACUGGAGAAAAACCUUAUAAAUGCGGUGACUGUGGGAAAGCCUUCACUCGGAAGUCGGGUCUCCAUAUACAUCAGCAAUCCCAUACUGGAGAAAGGCAUUAUGAGUGCAGUGAAUGUGGGAAAGCCUUUGCAAGAAAAUCAACACUUAUCAUGCAUCAGAGAAUUCAUACAGGAGAGAAACCCUAUAUUUGUACUGAAUGUGGGAAAUCCUUCAUCCAGAAAUCACACUUAAAUAGACACAGGAGAAUUCAUACUGGAGAGAAACCCUAUAAAUGCAGUGACUGUGGGAAGUCUUUCAUUAAGAAGUCACAACUCCAUGAGCAUCAUCGAAUUCACACAGGAGAGAAACCAUAUAUAUGUGCUGAGUGUGGAAAGGCCUUCACCAUCAGAUCAAAUCUUAUUAAACACCAGAAAAUUCAUAUUAAACAGAAACCCUAUAAGUGCAGUGACUUGGGGAAAAUCUUAAACUGGAAGCCACAACUCGGUAUGCCUCAGAAAUCUGACCCUAGGAAAGUAGAGUGCCCAUUGCCACAAUUACGGUAUGGGGACUCAGGAGGUGACCAAGGCCAGCUUUCUUCUAUCUAGUUAGAAUUAUGAACACCUGGAUUAUAUAGCUGAUAUCCAGUUACACAUAUGGGGAGAUACUAUUGAGAGUGUUUAAGCAAUGUAUAGUGGCCAUAUUUGGUUACUUAACAGAUAUUGGUGUUGUCAAGCUCCUGCAAAUAAUACUAAAUGUGCAAGGAGAUGACUUGCAGUCUUGUUUCACUUUUUGGGCAAACAGUUUUAUAAAUUCAGGGCUGUUGAGUUUUUCAUGUUCUGGGUACUAUUCAAUAUUGUCACAAUAAAAUUCAUAAUGAGUAGAGUGAUAAUUUUACAUUGUCUAAGCAGCCUAAGGACACAGAUCCAGACAAAAGGAGGGCAAUUCAGAUCUAAACUGAAAAUAAAUCAGCAAUUUUUUUGAAAAUUAACACUAAAGACAGAAAGAAAGGACUCUACUUUUUUUCACUUUUCUUUGGGAAGUCACCAUUAUUUAUUGUUAUAUCUGUUGGUGUAUGCCAGGGCAGCAGGUACCAAGGAGGUCUAAAUUGCUCCUGGCCUAUUUAUCAAAAGCCUAUUUUCCCAAUGAUGUACGCAACAGUCCUCUAACUACUUAUCCCCUUAGAACUGGCCCUAAGAUCAUGGAACUUAGCUACAGGGACCCAGCUCUAGAUAGCAGCACUUUAGAUCCUCAGCUUUGACCACAGAAACCUGCACUUUGUGGAUGUUUGUUGUUACCAAUUCCUGUUUGAAAAAUAGGACAAAUUAAGAAAAUUGAUGUCAAACCCUAAAUUUUUUUCCAAUUUUGUUAGUACAUUCUCUACAUGUUAGUUACUUGCUAGAUUACCAUGAGUUUGUUUCAUUAGAAGAUAAAAUGUAGUUGAACAUUUGGAAGACUUCUCCUUUUAUCUCCUCGGAAUCUCUACAAACUAAUCUUAAUUAAUUUUGUUUUUCAAAUUCUCUGUAUUUGAAUAGACUUUUUUUUGUCUUCUAUCAGAUACUGAAAGAAGUGUGUUGUAAUUUUACAAAUAAUUGUGAAUUUGUCUACUUGAGAGCUACUAAUUUUUGCUUUAUAUAUUUUGUCUCUGAUUUUACAUACAAUUUAGAAUUGUUACAAUUUUCCUAGUUAAUUGACACAUUAUCAUUAUUAGAUGUUUCUUUUUAUCACUAGUAAUUUUUUGCCUUGAAUGUACUAUGUCAGAUACUAAUA